CAGGUUUGUUCGACGAGGCACUGCAAUUCGCAAGUCUUCUUUGCUGAUACGAGAGCUGCUCUCCUUUCUCCAUGUGACUUGCUUGGUAAUAUGUCAUGAAAUGCUUCGGGAGCUACUAGUCGCCGCAACCUCGCCGUAGACUGCUCAUCCCGUAUUUUCCCUUCCUACGCCCUUCUCAAUCAACCCCACCUGCGCCGUACUUUUCUCCUCUCGACAAAACAAUGGCAUCACCAGCGUCCUCAUAUAUUCGCACUCUCCUGUCCUCCUCUCGUCCACGCCUCCCAAAUUCCCUCCUUCGAACAGCUCAUCCCUCAUACCGAAUAGUCUCAGUCGCCAGAAUGUCGUCAGUCCCUAAGCUCAAAGACCCUUCCCUGCUCAUCUCCAAGGCCUACGUCAAUGGCGAGUUCGUCGACUCCAGCACCUCUCAGACCUUUGACGUCCACGACCCUGGCUCAGGCAAGAAGAUCGCAUCAUGUCCUGAGAUGAACAAGGAUGAUGUGUCCAAAGCUAUCGCCGCGGCUGCUGAAGCUUUCAAAUCUUUUCGCAAGACUCUUCCUCGCGAAAGAGCUACGAUGCUGAGGAAGUGGUACAAUCUGAUGCAGGAGAAUGCUGAGGAUCUGGCUACACUCAUUACUUGGGAGAAUGGCAAGCCCUUCAACGAUGCCAAAGGAGAAGUCGCUUACGCCGCCAAUUUCUUCCAAUGGUUCAGUGAAGAAGCUCCUCGCGUCUACGGCGACACCAUCUACGCCUCGGUGCCGGGAAACAGAGUCAUGACUAUCAAGCAACCAGUCGGUGUCUGCGGUCUCAUCACGCCAUGGAACUUCCCUGCUGCCAUGAUCACCCGCAAGAUCGGCCCUGCACUGGCUGCUGGAUGUACAGUUGUCGCCAAAUCGCCAGGUGAAACCCCAUUCACAGCCAACGCCCUCGCAGAGUUGUCUCGACGUGCUGGUAUCCCGCCUGGUGUCGUCAACAUUGUGACUGCCAUGAAGAACACCGCCGAGAUCGGCGAGCUCCUCACCACUGACACAAGGAUCAAGAAAGUUUCCUUUACUGGUUCCACUGGUGUCGGCAAGCUCCUUAUGAAGCAAGCUGCUGGGACAAUCAAGAAGCUCUCCUUCGAACUAGGAGGCAAUGCCCCCUUUAUUGUCUUCGACGAUUGUCCCGAUCUCGAUGCCGCCGUGGCAGGUGCUAUUGCCUGCAAAUUCCGAAGCUCAGGUCAGACCUGUGUCUGUGCCAACCGGAUCUACGUGCAAAAGGGCAUCUACGACAAGUUCGCGGAAAAAUUCGCUGCUAAGGUUAAAGACUUUAAAGUCGGAUAUGGUUUCGAUGACGGCGUUACUCAUGGUCCCGUCAUUCAUGACAGAGCUAUUGGCAAGGUCGAGCAACAUGUUCAAGACGCGCAGAGCAAAGGAGCGAAGGUGCUUGUGGGUGGCCAGAAAUUGCCCGAUCUAGGAUCCAAUUUUUACGCUCCUACAGUGCUCACGGGCGUGACCAACGACAUGAAGAUCGCUUCGGAGGAGACCUUUGGCCCUGUUGCCGGCCUCUUCCCGUUCGAAACAGAAAAGGAAGUUGUGGCACUCGCAAACGAGGCCGAGGUCGGUCUUGCUGGCUACUUCUAUUCGAGCGACGUCGGACGGAUAUACAGAGUCGCUGAACAUUUGGAAGUUGGUAUGGUCGGUGUGAACACAGGUCUGAUCUCUGACCCGGCGAGUCCGUUCGGCGGUGUCAAGGAGAGCGGUUUUGGACGAGAAGGGUCCAAGUAUGGUAUUGACGAGUACUUGAUCAUCAAGAGCGUGACGGUAGGUGGGAUCUCGAAUGAAUUGCAAGGGUAAGAGGAGGCCUAGUAACGGACUGGGUGAGGAGUCAUGUCAGCAGAUCGCUAUGUGAGGCCGUCCCUGUUGGCUUGGGAGGAAUACUAGUGUCAUAUCGCUCCAGUGCGAACCGGGUAGGACAUCGUUGCCGCAAGCGGAAAAUUGUAGUAUAGGCAGAGAAAAGUCACAGUACAAUCUUAUGACAAUCAAACCCAG